GAUGUACUUCAAUGAUCGAGAAAUGCACCUGUGGUCAUGGUGUGUAUUUAUGCCUUUCGCCGAUGCCGAGGAAAUGAUAAAAGAUAUUGAUCCACUCCAAGUCUCGGAUUCAUGUCUAUAUACAGAUUUCCUAUCGGCACAUCGCGUCUCCGUUGUAUGAACCAUUUGUCGAUGAAGCAAGAUCUACAUCUUGUAAGUUAUGGUUAAUCAAGCCACAGGGAACGUACUUUCGUCGACGGCCCCUAGAUGGACGUGCACUUGUUGACGAAAUGCUGUUUCUGAACCAGUUCUGAAACGACAGAGAAUGAAGGCUCUCCUACCUCAUAUCCAACAACAUACGUUUACCAGUUCCAUUUAUCAGUACAAAGUUACAUUUAAGUUGAUAUUUUUGUCAACUGGCUGUUCUAAUCUCGAGUUCUUCUUUGUUAUUGUUUCCUCUGCGAAUACUGCGCCGAUAAGGCAUACGAUACACUCACUGCAUGGCUAACUUUGUAUCGUGUCCCCCAUUUGAAACGGCUACUAUCACGUGACCACAGUAACACCCAGGAUAAGGUUUUGCAUUUUUGGGACCUGCAGGAACGGCGAAAUGGCUGAAAACCGAAUAUCGCUGAAGUACCUCGUUGGACGAACAUCGAAGUUCGGACGGCCAUUUUACUCAAUGGCGGUGUAUUGUUACCUCGGUACUUGUACGUGUAUUUGUAAACGCUCAGAUACCAUUCACAGAUCCAAUGGCAUUAUUUCUGACUGUAACAUGGACUUCGCCAUGAUUACCUUUCUAUCUAGCCCUAAUUAUGGGCCCAGACUCGAUUAAAUACCUACCAGCCCGGGACCCAACGUUUAGUUCAGCUAGCCGUAUAUGACAGCUUCGUGCGAUGAGACUCUAUUUAAACAGAGUUCCAUUACUAUGCCAAAGACUAAUUGCCAAAGACUAAUUGCCAAAGACCUAUGGCUACGAGGUCGACUGACUACACCGUACCAAUGCAAUCUUGCAUAUACUGGCUCGCCUGCUUCAGUACAUGAACGAUGUCACCAUAAAUUCAAGUUCUAUAAUUCCCCCGUCAUACACCCCCAUCCGUAUCUAAAUUGCUAGUUCGCCCGAAAAUGGUUACCCCUUCGUCUCUUAUCUCCAACCAAGGGCAAAAGUGCUCGACGCAACAACCGUGGACAUCUAGCUAAGUUUACUUCCUGCAGUGAAGGUAUGUUGUCCUGGCUCAUGUAUGGAAUCUUAGGUUGGUGGAUCCAUGUGAGCUAUUCUGGUAAAAACCCAGAAAGAGGCCUUCUGUGGAACGAGGUACCAGAUGGAUUGAUGCAGACGACCAGGACUCGUGCAUAAGUGCUGCUUCUAUCAAUACUUUCAUCCAAUCAAAUGUGAUUGUCAAGCGCCUGGGGUAGCUUGAUACCCUUGCUGUUCAGACACGGGUCACAGUAGCCAUUCUCAAUAUAGAAAACCUCGACUUCGACUACGACGGUGAUUUUUCGUUUCUAUUUCUUUCAUGAAAUCUAUUCACUCAUGAUCCCCAAAAAAUAGUAUCUACCUUGGCAAUGAAAUAACAUCAUUCCAUGGAAAUUCAGCAAAAUUCCUAUAAAUCCAUUGAAAUAUCCUGAUCGACCAAUUGAUAUAGCACAGAGAAGAGAAGAAGUACGGUAGACGAACAAACGGCUACAUCGUAGAUAAGAUCGGAUAUUUGCAACACUGUCCAUCGCUUCUUUAAUGCUUCUGGGGUACUUGCAACAACAGCCGUCUCAACUCAAUCAGCAAAGUUUUACCAUACAAGCUCGAUUGAUAUCUUCUCAUCCUUCAUACCACACGAAACCAUAGCCUGCUUCUGAUUAUCCAAAUAUUGGAUCGAUCUGAUACCGUCUUAUAACUUUCGAAACGCACUGUUACAUGCCAUCCACUCCUACUAGAUUGAAAAGCUCGGAUGACAUUUCUCGAAGUACAGCCAUUUUCGUACCUCGCAACGGGAUCUUUCCUUGGAUUUCAUAUCAAAUAGGAAAUUGAAAAGGAAAAUCAGAUAUUAUCGUUCAGUCUUGCUGGGGUUUCUCAAGGAAAACCUGUCAUCCGAAUUCAUCGAUUUGCGCCCGCAACAAACGGCUGUACGAGCGUUGGUUUCGAACCUAAUAAGGCUUUCUCACAACAUACCUAUCCCGUCAUUGAAAGGAUCGAGUGACUAGUGCGGUAGACCCAACGAGCAACCUUUAUAAGACUCGCCCGCAAACCCUAGCUUUCGUCUUCUUCCUCCUCGGCGUUGUAGAAGAACAAGACUUCCCUCUCCAACCUUUCUACCCAAGCUUUUCCAAGCUUUUGGCUGCUGGCUCAGAUCAUUCUUCUUUGUUAUGAACAUUCUUUUUUAAUACAUUCUUUUGGGGAAAAUACAAUAUUUAAUAUUUCUACGCGGGGUCGGAAAGUUUGGGUCCUUCAGUCAUUCAUAAAAAGAUCAACGGGUCCACUCAACUAUCUCCAUCGAUCUUGUCGCGGGACGACCUUUAAUUUUUGGGAUAUUUGGAUAUAGAGAAGAUGGGUGCUGUACAGUUUUUGAAGGAGCAGACUCGGGGAACUAAGUUGCUAUUCAAUUUCCUCUUCCAUGGCUUUCACGUUGGCCUGUUUGCUUUGGGAUGGUGGAAGCAAGCUAGUGAUCCUAGACUAGCGGGUUUGAAUUCUCUAACAUUCUCAGUAUGGAUAUCGAGAGGUGCCGGUCUGGUGUUAUCUGUAGAUGUUGCAUUGAUCUUAUUGCCCAUGUGCCGCAAUAUCUUGAGGUACAUUAGACCAAAGAUCAAAUUCUUACCACUUGAUGAGUCUCAAUGGUUUCAUCGACAAGUAGCAUACUCAUUAUUAUUCUGGACCAUAUUUCAUGUAGCUGCUCACUAUGUGAAUUUCUUCAACGUCGAAAAGACUCAAAUCAGACCUUUGACUGCAAUCCAAAUUCACUAUACCGAGGCUGGUGGUAUCACCGGUCAUAUCAUGCUACUAUGCAUGAUGCUGAUGUAUACUACUGCCCAUGCCAAAAUUAGACAACAAUCUUUCGAAACAUUUUGGUACACGCAUCAUUUGUUUAUUCCAUUUUUGCUUGGAAUGUAUACACAUGCUACGGGAUGCUUCGUCCGCGAUACUGCAGACCCAUUUUCUCCAUUUGAUGGCGAGAACUUCUGGGGUCAUUGCUUAGGUUAUGAAGGAUGGCGUUGGGAGCUUUGGGGGGGUGGACUUUACUUCCUUGAGCGUGUGUAUCGCGAAAUCAGAAGUAGAAGAGAAACCCAAAUUGUUAGAGUCGUUCGUCAUCCAUAUGAUGCCAUGGAAAUUCAAUUCCGAAAGCCAUCGAUGAAGUACAAGGCAGGCCAAUGGCUUUUUCUCAACGUCCCAUCUGUUUCCCGUGAGCAGUGGCAUCCAUUCACCAUCACAUCAUGCCCGUUCGACCCCUACAUCUCUAUCCACAUCCGUCAAGUCGGUGACUUUACCCGAACCCUCGGUGACGCCCUCGGAGCUGGUGCCGCACAAGCGAAACUCUACGACGGUGUCGAUCCCAACGGUAUGUACGAAGUAGCCCUCGAAAACGGUCAAAAAAUGCCCGACAUCCGCAUAGAUGGUCCCUACGGUGCUCCCGCUGAAGACGUCUUCGAAAAUGAAGUGGCCGUUCUCAUCGGUACAGGUAUUGGCGUAACACCAUGGGCAUCCAUCCUCAAAAAUAUUUGGCAUCUUCGCCACGGAACAAAUCCUCCCGAGCGUCUUCGUCGAGUAGAGUUCAUCUGGGUUUGUAAAGAUACCACAUCCUUCGAAUGGUUCCAAGUCCUUCUUUCAUCUCUGGAAGCACAAUCUCAAGAAGCAGCAGGACAACCUGGUAAUGAUGGGCAAGAAUUUUUACGUAUCCAUACUUAUUUGACCCAAAAGCUGGAUAUCGAUACGGCGCAAAAUAUCGUACUAAACAGUGUUGGUGCGGAUGUCGAUCCAUUGACUGAAUUGAAAUCGAGGACGAAUUUCGGAAGACCGGACUUCACAAAAUUAUUUGAGGGCAUGAGGGAUGGGAUUAUGGAUAAAACCUAUAUGUCUGGGUUGGAAGGAGAUUUUAAAACUAAUGUUGGAGUUUACUUUUGUGGACCAAACGUAGCAGCCCGCUCCAUCAAAAAAGCAUGUAAGAAUGCCACAACUCGCGAUGUCAAUUUUUCGUUUUGGAAAGAACAUUUCUAGAGUCUUGAGGGGGAAUAUUGAGAAGAAUGGGUGGAUAUUAGUUGAAGAGAUGCUAAAAUUCUCGUGAAUUACUUUGGGAUAUUAUGAAUGGGAAUAGGAAGCAGGCGCGGUUUUUUUUGGCUACGAUAUGAUACAUUUGUUACUACUUAUUGAUAUGAUGGAUGACUGGAUGGAGGUAUGGAUACGUAAAGAUAGCAAACUCUUGAUGAAUAAUUGAGAAUAGUCUAUCUAUGACAGACAAUUAUUAAAAUCUUCUUGCA